AUGGCCACCCUCCUCCGCAGCAAGCUCUCCAACGUGGCCACCUCCGUGUCGCACAAAUCCCAGGCGAAGAUGAGCGGCAUGUUCGCCAGGAUGGGCUUCCAGGCGGCCACCGACGAGGAGGCGGUGGGCUUCGCCCACUGCGACGACCUGGACAUGGAGCAUCGGCAAGGGCUGCAGAUGGACAUCCUCAAGUCCGAGGGCAGCGAGGAGGGCGGGGAGCCGCCCCUGGAGGGGGACAUCCACUACCAGCGGGACGGCACAGGGCCCCUGCCGCCCUCCGCCUCCAAGGAGGCCUGCUCCGAGCUCUCCGGGCAGGGCAAGCCCAAGAUCACGGCAUGGGAGGCGGGAUGGAACGUCACCAACGCCAUCCAGGGGAUGUUUGUUCUGGGCCUGCCCUAUGCCAUCCUUCACGGUGGAUACCUAGGACUCUUUUUAAUAAUUUUCGCUGCAGUGGUGUGCUGCUACACUGGGAAAAUCCUUAUUGCCUGUCUUUACGAAGAGAAUGAGGAUGGGGAGAUAGUCAGGGUGAGAGACUCCUACGUGGACAUCGCGAACGCGUGCUGCGCGCCCCGCUUCCCCACCCUCGGGGGCAGAAUUGUGAACGUGGCUCAGAUCAUUGAACUGGUCAUGACCUGCAUCCUCUAUGUGGUGGUCAGUGGGAACCUGAUGUACAACAGCUUCCCCAACCUGCCCGUCUCCCAGAAGUCGUGGUCCAUCAUUGCCACGGCAGUGCUCCUGCCUUGCGCGUUCUUGAAGAACCUCAAGGCAGUCUCCAAGUUCAGCUUGCUCUGCACAUUAGCCCACUUUGUCAUCAACAUCCUGGUGAUUGCCUACUGCCUCUCCAGGGCGCGCGACUGGGCCUGGGACAAAGUCAAGUUUUACAUUGAUGUCAAGAAGUUUCCCAUCUCCAUUGGCAUCAUUGUCUUCAGCUACACCUCCCAGAUCUUUCUGCCUUCCUUGGAGGGGAACAUGCAGAACCCCAAGGAGUUCCAUUGCAUGAUGAACUGGACUCACAUUGCAGCUUGCAUCCUUAAGGGACUCUUUGCCUUGGUCGCCUACCUGACCUGGGCUGAUGAGACCAAGGAGGUCAUUACAGACAACUUGCCAUCCACCAUUAGGGCAGUAGUCAACAUUUUCUUGGUGGCCAAAGCCUUGCUCUCGUACCCCCUGCCGUUCUUUGCAGCUGUAGAAGUCCUGGAGCGGUCCCUUUUCCAAGAUGGAAACAGGGCUUUCUUCCCCAACUGUUAUGGGGGUGACGGGCGGCUCAAAUCCUGGGGACUCACCCUCAGAUGUGCCCUGGUAGUUUUCACCCUGCUCAUGGCUAUUUAUGUCCCCCAUUUUGCCCUCUUGAUGGGCCUUACUGGGAGCCUCACAGGCGCAGGGCUCUGUUUCCUGCUCCCCAGUCUCUUCCACCUCAAACUCUUGUGGAGGAAGCUCUUGUGGCAUCAUGUCUUCUUCGAUGUUGCCAUUUUCGUUAUAGGUGGUAUCUGCAGCAUCUCUGGGUUCAUCCACUCUUUAGAAGGCCUCAUAGAGGCUUUCAGAACCAAUGCUGAAGACUAAGGAGGGGCCAGAGUCGGGAGCAGGAAGAGAAUCGCAUUGAACAUCCGCAUAGCCAAAUAAUUCUGCAUCCCUUUAAUGGAAAGAGUCAUUAUUUUCGUUACGUGCAUCCAACAAAUUCUAUGUCAUAGAAUCUGCAAACUAAGGAAAAUAAGAAGAGAUGAAAGUGCUCGCCCUGAUGUCUUUUUAAAUAAGCUCAGAUUUAAAUCUAUUUUUUUGUUAUUUAGAUUUUUUGGAAGGAAAUUAUCUGGUGCCCCACCCCUAUCUCCUCACUCGUUGCCUGAAGCUUGGCCCCCCACAAACGGCCUGUUGGGAAACAGUCGCAGUUUUCAACACCUCACAGAUAUGCAAAUCAGUGUUUCAGGAGCUGAAACACAGGUGCCGAUCCCAUGGGACUGGGAAGCAAACCCGCCAAUGAGGCGGGAGCAGGGACCUUUGUUUUAACACUUUGAGAGAUGGAUGUAGACGAGACCCAGAUUGUACGACCAGCCCAACAAGCCCAAGCAGCGUCUGACGACCGCUUACCUGCAAUGUUUACACCGUAGUCACAAUAGAUGUCAGGACUGCUCGAUUCUUCCAUCCCAAUCCACACCGAGGACCGGCAAUUCCCAUCAAACACAAAUGUGUUGCCUCUGGUUGAAAUCGCAGCCCUGAAGUUCACUUCUCGGUGACUUAUGUUUCGUUUCGUUUUAACAAUUGUUAUUUCUAAAUUAUGAAAAGCUAAAAAAUAA